UAGUGGUAAAUAAUGAUGUCUCUGUCAGCUAACUUGAACUGACAUCUCCUCUCCUUGCCCUCGAAACACACACGCACGCGCGCGCACGCACACACAAGAUUGAGCGAAAAAAGGUUUAUCUUAGUUUAUCGUAGUCUAACGCGUUGAUCCACUCUCCGACGGCCUGAUAAGCAGAUUUCGACAGGUUUUACUUUCUGUUGACUCUGCCACUCCUAUUCCAGUCGUUUGUUUAACAUACCCAGUUCACAUGUCCUACGUGGUAGGCUACUCUCGAGGCGGACGUUAACGUACAUCCAGGAACUGCCUCCUUGAGUCACUGUGAGUUGUCCUAUGACUGACUGGCACUCGUCAGUAAGGGAAUCUUCUCUGUCUGUGGAUACAUGGCAGGAUAAUUAGGAUCGAUAUGCUGCAUAGUCAGUAGUGGUAACAUGGUUGGCACCUUAAGAGGAAUGGAAAACUGCGAAUGUCGAAUGCAGAGUAAACAGCUGAAUUCGAAUGUCGAAUGCAACAAACUAUGCAACAAUUCAAGAACAACUCGGAACUUCAGGAGGUAGCUAUCAAGUCAGUACAGCACAUUAUUUUACCACUCGACAGAUUUGCUACCUCAUUGACGAACUCAUUGAAUGCUAAAACUUUUAAGUGUUCAUGUAAUUUUCAAGGAGCGUUUGACCACAGUUGCCUUAAGUAAGCUGGCCUGAGUGCAAUGCCACGCAGACAUGUCUCCGAAGGUAGGAGUGAAGUUUUGCAUUGCAGAAGUCACUGCUUGAAGGAGUUGAAAUAGCCUGUUUGGAUACUAAAUGUGUCGUCAAAAUGAAAAUAAGGAAAUACUUUCGUGGCAGUGGGAGGGUUCUCGCAUUCGUUUUCGUGGCAUCUGUAAUUUGGCUUCUUUUUGACAUGGCAGCACUUCGAAUAUCAAUCAAUGAUGUGAACAGUGAACUUUUGAAAGAGCUUGUAGUAAAAGAAAGAGCUGCUUUGAAAAGACAGGCCACGAGCCGAACACAUGUAGAAAACAGACUAUUCAAACACCCAGUGCAGAAAGUACCCGUAGACUUGGGGAACAAUGUUAAAAAUUCAAAGAAAUACGGGAAGAAUAUGGGUGAAGUGUAUCGUAUGAAACAGAAGCCUGACAUUAAGGAACACAAUGUUGCACAGAAUGCUGCACACCCAAAACCCGACAGAGUAACUUUACAUUCGGCGAAAAGUGACACAAAAAUCCCAGUAAACCAUGUACUUGACGGUUUACAUGGACGUGGAAUCGUGAAGUCUCCUUACAAGGAGUCAACUUUUAAUAUUUCCAAAACAGUGAAUGUGUCAAGCUCGGACAAAGCCAGAUUUCCCAAAGCAGUAACUCUAACGAUUAAAGGCACAGUAGCGAAGGAAACUCCUCAGAAGGUGAUUUUGUCAAAAGUCAAAGAUCCAGCGUUAACCAAAGCGCCAUCUGGUGUUCAGGAAGAAAGGCGUGUCAUUACAAAAGUACCAGAAUUCAAAGCAGUUAAAACGGGGAGCAUGCUUAAGGAGAAACAUGAAGAAAACCUAAACUUCACUUCACAUAAAAAGGCCAGUGAAACUGCUAAACCAAGCCUACAACAUCCGUCCAAAAAUGAUACAAAGGUGCCAUCCAAGCCUGACUUGCUGGUUGAUGGAACUCUCAGUAAGGCCCAACAGAACGCAGGAUUUCUAAACAAGAGUGACCCUCAUCCCAUAAAUUUCCAAAUCCAGCUCACUCCAAAGCCCAAGGUUCAAAAUGUGGAACCCAGUCAAGCUAAACAAGCUCCCGUUAAAAAAAAAGGAGGACUCCACAAAGUGAAGGCCGUGGAUAUGACACUGAAGCCCAGAGAUGCUCGAGCAGUGGGUCAGUUUGGACAAGCAGCAUCUGUACCAAAGGACAAAGAGCAUGAGGUGCAGAACCGCUGGAACGAAGGGUAUUUCAACGUAUACUUGAGUGACCAGAUCCCUGUGGACCGAUCUAUCCCAGACACCCGCCCUGCGUUGUGUUCCGAGAACGUGGUUCACGAUGAGCUGCCGACCACAAGUGUGAUCUUCUGCUUUGUGGACGAGGUGUGGUCCACGCUGCUCAGGUCUGUUCACAGUGUGCUCAAUCGCUCACCACCCCACUUGCUCAAGGAGAUCAUCCUGGUAGAUGACUUCAGCACCAAAAACUCCUUGAAGGAACCAUUAGACAUCUACAUGGCCCAGUUUCCUAAAGUGCGGAUCAUCCGUCUGAAGGAAAGGGAGGGUUUGAUAAGAGCUCGGCUUGCAGGGGCUGCACAGGCCACUGGUGAUGUGUUAACCUUUCUGGACUCUCACAUUGAGUGCAAUAUAGGCUGGUUGGAACCCCUGCUUGAAAGAGUUUACUUGGACCGACGGAAAGUUGCCUGUCCAGUUAUUGAAGUCAUUAGUGACAAAGAUAUGAGUUAUGUCCAGGUUGACAAUUUCCAAAGAGGCAUUUUUAAAUGGCCCUUGGUGUUUGGGUGGAGUACCCUACCUGAAGAUGUCAUCAAGAAGAACCACAUGAGGGAUAGUGAUCCUCUCAGGUGUCCUGUUAUGGCAGGAGGUCUCUUCUCUAUUGAUAAGAAGUACUUUUAUGAGCUGGGAUCGUAUGACCCAGGUCUAGAUGUGUGGGGUGGUGAGAACAUGGAAAUUUCAUUCAAGAUCUGGAUGUGUGGAGGAGAAAUCGAGAUAAUCCCUUGCUCCAGAGUCGGUCAUAUUUUCCGUGGCCAAAACCCCUACAAGUUCCCCAAAGAUAGGCAGAAAACAGUGGAGCGUAACCUGGCCAGGGUGGCUGAGGUGUGGCUGGAUGAGUACAAAGAGCUGUUCUACGGCCAUGGCUACCACCAUCUGCUGGACAAGUCUGUGAUCAACAUUGGGAACCUCACAGAGCAGGUUCAGCUUAGAGAGAAGCUCAAGUGCAAGAGCUUCAAGUGGUACUUGGAGAACAUCUACCCAGACAUGGAAGCUCCGCUAGUCAAGGCGGAAGGACUGGUUUUUAAUCUUGGAACUAGAAAAUGUCUGGCCUUACAGAAUAGAACCCUCCUUUUUGCAACCUGUGAUCUUAGCAACCAGAACCAGCACUUUAACUACACCUGGUUGAGGUUGAUCCGACAGCAGGCCCUCUGUGUGGUGCCACAGGGCCUGGGAAACCGUGUCACCGUAGAGCCGUGUGACCACACCAAAACCCACCAGCGCUGGAUGGUCAACUCCAAUAAACUUCUGGCAGAACACAUUAUCGUGGAGAGCCAUCCCCGCCGCAUGUGUUUGGAGGCCGGGUCCAAAGGUGACGGGAUCUAUGUGAAGGACUGUUUCUCUGGCAGUGAGCUGCAGAAGUGGCAGUUCACACACAACUAUGCGCAGUGACUUAAAAACGAAAUACACUGGUGGAUUUCUGCUGCCAAAACACAGAGACAUCCAUUUUUCUUUCCUAUUGAGCAUUUUCCUUAGUCUUACAAAAGACAGCUCUUAAAUGUCAGUCAAAUAUGCAUGCUGCUGGUGUAAUGACAUGGUGAGGGUAAUUUUGGGACUGUGCAGUGUGCGUGUGGGCUUCUGCUUCUUACCCUCCUCCCUACAAUGAGUAGCUAUCCAAAGCAGAGUGAUUUGAGUGACUGCUUAUGUUUCUUUAUUGAUUAUUUUUGGGUUCACUUGUUUUGGUGGAUUUUCACAAAUUAUUCACAGGUCUGUGGUAGUGAUUUUUCUUCAAGAAUAUUUUUUUCUUUAAAGUGUAGUAACCUGAAAACUCCAAGUUGUACAACUUCCAAAGCAAUAUAUUUUUUUCAUUCUGGGCAAACGGUCCUCUGUUUUCAGAUCAGUACAGUUUUGGGAUAUUGUACUGGAGCCUCCCUCUCUGGAAUACAAAUGUUUACAAUGUGGGUGUGUAUGUGUUCAGGAGACUGGCUCUAUUAAACCAUAGUGCCUUGUGA